CCUCGCCAGUCUCUCUUUUAAAUAAAGCGCCUUCAUCCUCCCUCAUGCUUCAUCCUCUCUAAUGCUCUGCUCUCACUCAGGAUCUUACCAUCUUUGCAUUUCUUGUUCAUUGUUUUUUAUAUCUUUGUAGUGUUUAACUAAAAUUAUUCUCUUGUAUUUGUUUCUUGCACGUUUUUCUGCUAAAAAUGAUACCAGCUGUUUGAGUUUAGGCGUAAGUCAAGGUUUAUUUAUUUUUUUCUUACAAGUUUUUCGAUUUUCUCACUUAUUUAUUAUUAUUAUUUUUCUAAUCUUAGGUCAAGGAUUUACUCACUUGUUCAAUUGGUUUUAUGGGUCCUUUACUGUUUCUAGCACAUUUACUCAAUUGGGAUCUACUGUGUAACUGUUAAAUAAUAGGCAAACAUUUCUUCUGCUUUUUCAUUUAUUUUAAAUUUUUAGCUGGGAAAUUGCCCUGAGCCAUAGAUUUCUUAUCUUCUCCUAAUUGCUUUUUCUCCUGAAGAACCCAAAGGAAGUGUUGUUGUUCUUGAUGGAUACCCUUAUUCAAGAAUUUCCUAAUUCCAUGAACAGAUUCAAAUUCGACCAUUACCCAGUUUCUUUCUCUCCAAACAGAAAUCUUCUUAAUGGGUAUGAACUCAAUAAUAACUUGAGUAAUCCUUAUUCCCCAAUUCCUUCAUUUGAUUCACAACCAGCUCCAAAUGACUUGACAUCAUCUUCUUAUUCAUCCUUGAGCUCAGAAGGACAUGAUCCAAAUAAUAACGUUGUUCUCAAGUACAUAAGUGAUAUGCUUAUGGAAGAGGACUUAGAGGGUAAGACCUGCAUGUUGCAGGACUGUUUGGCCCUGCAAGCUGCAGAGAAAUCCUUGUAUGAUGUCCUUGGUCAGGAAUAUCCUCAUUCAUUUGAUCACUGUUCUCAUAAUGCCGAAAGUCCUAACGAUCCUUCAACUUGGAGUAGCAGCGUCGAUAGCAGCAACAGCUAUCCGGCUGCUGUUAACUCUUCAGUUGAAAAUCCAAAAUGGAGUUUUGAUCAUGUUGGUCUAGAUUCAUAUGGAAUCCAAAGUUCUCCGAUGGACUCCCCUGAAAGUAACACCCUUCUAGGACCAGAUUUCCACUUUGAGAUAAACCCCUUAACAGUGGUCAGGCAAGGGAUAGGAGAUGGUGAUUAUUUGUUGGCAUCAAAGAGUAACCCAGCAACGGAGAGAGAAUCCUCACCAAGCAGUGCACGGGGAAGGAAAAAUCAUCAACGUGAGGGUGGUGAUUAUUUAGAAGAAGAGAGAAGCAGCAAGCAUUCUGCUAUUUCUCUUGCAGAGUCUGAGCAGUCUGAGAUGUUUGAUAAGGUAUUGCUUUGUCCAAGUGAAAACAACAAGUCUGAAGCAUGUGCUCAACAUGAGAAGCCACAGAAUGGAGCAAGCAGGAAUGGGCUAGUUAAAGGAUCUAAUGGUAGAACAACGCGAGGAAGAAGACAGGGAAACAAAGGAGAAGUAGUCGAUUUGCCAACUCUGCUAGUUCAGUGCGCACAAGCUGUGGCAAUCAGUGACCAAAGAACUGCAACGGAACUACUGAGGCAGAUUGGGCAACAUUCUUCAGCAUAUGGGGAUGGAAACCAAAGAUUGGCAUACUACUUUUCUAAGGCCCUCGAGACACGAUUGGCUGGUACCAGAACACCUAAAUAUACACCGCAUGUAGGCAACAACCCACCAGUUUCUGACAUCUUAAAAGCUUACCAGUGGCCUUGCCUUAUCCAGCGCCUUUCACAGAGGCCUGGUGGACCUCCAAAGUUGCGAAUAACAGGAAUUGAGCUCCCACAACCCGGGUUUCGCCCUGCAGAAAGGGUUGAGGAGACUGGCCGUCGCUUACAAAGAUAUUGUGAGAGGUUCAACGUCCCAUUUGAGUAUAAUGUCAUAGCACAGAAAUGGGAAACCAUCAAGUAUGCGGAUCUCAACAUCAGCAGAGAUGAGAUGACUGUUGUUAACUGUUUGUAUCGGUUAAGGAAUCUCCCUGACGACACCGUUGUGGCAAACAGUGCAAGAGAUGCUGUCCUAAAAUUGAUCAGGAAAAUCAAACCAGACUUAUUUAUCCAUGGAGUUGUUAAUGGUACAUAUAAUGCUCCAUUCUUUGUGACUCGGUUUCGGGAGGCACUCUUCCACUUCUCUUCCAUGUUUGAUAUGUUUGAUGUAAACGUGCCCUGCGAAGAUGAGCAAAGAUUGCUGUAUGAGAAAGAGAUAUUUGGAAGAGAUAUUAUGAAUGCAAUAGCAUGUGAGGGUACAGAGAGGGUUGAAAGGCCUGAGACAUACAAACAGUGGCAGAUUAGAAAUAUGAGAGCUGGGUUCAGGCAGCUUUUAUUAGAUCAAGAGAUUUUGAAGAAAGUAAGAUCUACUGUGAGAUCAGAGUAUCACAAGGAUUUUGUUGUCGAUGAGGAUGGCCGGUGGAUGCUACAGGGAUGGAAGGGGAGAGUUAUCUAUGCUCUCUCAGUUUGGAAACCAGUCCAGGAGUAACACGAUGCUGUGCUUGUAUAUACAAUUGGUGGUUAUGGGAAGGCCCUUCUAGAAGUUUUGUUUAGACCUUUCAUGUAAAAAUAGCUAGAAACUUUUAGUAUUGGUGUUAAUUUUUUCCAGCCCAAUUGAUGAAAUGUUAACUGCAUUAGAAAUAUAGAUAUCUCCCUCUAUAUUAUUUUUGA